CUUCCAGGGCCCCUCCACCCCGCACCCAUGGCCUGCUACGACCGCUGCCGCCCCUGCGGACCCACCCCGCUGGCCAACAGCUGCAACGAGCCCUGCGUCAGGCAGUGCCAGGACUCCCGCGUCUUCAUCCAGCCUUCCCCCGUGCUGGUCACCCUGCCAGGACCCAUCCUCACCUCCUUCCCCCAGAGCACCGCCGUCGGAUCCUCCUCAGGGGCUGCCCUGGGCACCGAGCUCAACGCCCAGGGACAGCCCAUCUCCUCCGGCGCCUUCGGCUACGGCUACGGCUACGGCUUGGCUGGCCUGGGCUAUGGCUGCGGCGCCGCAAGAGGCGGCUACCUCUGCUGAGGGCCCUGCACACCCCCCCUGACACCACACACAGCCUGCAACAGCUCCUGCAGCACGA